CAAUUGUCCAAGGCACUCCGGCGAUAUAAUAGACAUGCUCAUUGAAAUCGGUCGGAGGUAGACUCAUAUGGGACCACCUACCACAAAUUCCUCCCAUUGUUUACUCAAGGAUAAGGAUGCCUGAUCAAAUCCUCGACGACAUUUCCCAUCGACGUUACAAUCCUCUGCGGGGCAGUUGGAUCCUGGUCUCACCGCACCGCACCAAGAGACCAUGGCAAGGCGCUCAGGAGAACCCUGGCCUGAUAGACCUCCCUGUCUACGACCCAAAAUGUUAUCUAUGUCCUGGGAACGAACGUGCUUCUGGCGACAAGAAUCCCCAUUACGAAAACACUUUUGUCUUUGUCAAUGACUACAGCGCGGUCAAGGAAUCUCAAGAUGACUACUCCUCGCCUGACGAACCUGGCACCCUGCCCGCCCUUCUCCUGCGAGCAGAGGCCGUCACAGGGAAAUGCUAUGUCCUCACCUUCAGUGCCGCACACAACAUUACUCUAGCAGACAUGUCUGCUCAAGAAAUUCUACCCAUUGUGAAGACAUGGACAGACAUCUACGCGGCUCAUCUGUCGCCAACCUCACCCCUAGCCUCGCUUGCACAUGCCACCCAUCUGCCUCCCUCUAGCCCUCAUGCCAGUCCCGCUACACCCCACCAACAAUAUCGGUGGAUGCAGAUUUUCGAGAAUAAAGGCGCAGCCAUGGGAUGCUCCAAUCCCCACCCCCAUGGCCAGAUAUGGACCACCACCUCCUUGCCCGAAGAGGCCGCCCUCGAACUGUCCCAACUGACCAAAUACCACCGUGAACAAGGCGGACUGCAUCUUUUGCUCGACUAUGCUCGGUUAGAACAACAAAAAAAGGAGCGGGUCGUCUUUGAAAAUGACAGCUUCAUUGUGAUAUGCCCUUGGUGGGCAACUUGGCCAUUCGAGACCAUGAUUCUUCCCAUCAGGCAUAUCCGCUCUCUCGUCGACUUGAGCUGCACCGAGCAGUUACAUCUCGCCGAGGCCAUUGCCGACAUUACUCGACGCUAUGAUAACCUCUUUGAGACGAGCUUCCCCUACAGCAUGGGCAUACAUCAAGCCCCUUUGGAUGGCACGGCUGAAGAGAUACAAGUCUCCACUCUCCACCUUCAUUUUUAUCCGCCUCUCCUCAGGAGUGCGACGGUCCGAAAGUUCCUGGUUGGCUAUGAACUAAUGGCCGAGCCGCAGAGAGACAUCACACCCGAGCAAGCCACGACACGACUGCGACUCUGUGGUGGGGAGCUCUAUCGGAAUCGUCUUCAAAAGCCAGAAGAACCGCUGCAGUCACCCUCGGCCGAUGACAAGAUUGCGUCGUGAUCUCUAUUUCAAGUAAAAGUUAUACUGCGCGAUACUCCAGCCAGUGCCAAUCCAUGACACAAUUACGGGCGCAAGCCACGGGCCCGAAGGCGGGCUGGUCUUGUACACAAAGGCCUCGAGGAAAUAGUGGACGGCACCGAUCAAGUUGGAGAUAAUCUGUAAAUGGUACCAAGAAGGUUCAUUGAUGUGAUACGCAGCAAAGAUCCUAACCGCACCCACUGCAAAUGUCCACGUUCCAAAAGUUCGGGCAGAGAGAGGAGUGACAGGAGAUGUCAGCGCUGGGUUAGCUGGCUUGGACUUCGAAGUGGCCGCGGUGCCAGGAUAGAGUCGUUGCGUGUACGACAAGGUAGUGUAGCUCUGGACAGCAUUGAUUAUCGCGGUAGUGCCGACCUUGAAUGGCAUCAGCCUGGCCACAUACGAACAACAGACCGAGGGGAUGGACUGGAGACUUACGAAGAGAAUGUAAAGUGGGAGAUAGCCUUCUGACUGUGGCAGAAGAGACAACAUGGCUGGCUUCGACCAGGCGUCAAGCGCAGGAACUUUUGACACAGAGCACAGAAUUCGGGGUCAGGUCCUAUUGAAAUCUAUUCAAUUGACAGG